AAAAUCCUUUAAUUUGAUGGGUCAUACAUUGAUUUCUGAUUAUCCGUUCCAAAGAUACAAAUAUUUGUACAAAAUUAUGAAAAAUCGAAUAAUUUGAAAUAUUUACAAAAAUAUUUUAAGUUGUUUGUUAACAUGCCGGGUGUGUAUGGUUGAUAAGAAAAGAGUGCAGACGUUAUUUUUGUUAAUAUUAACCUCCAAAGAUAUGACAAGCCACAAUGCUAAAAGUCCGGAUGUAGUCGGAUGAGAACAUGUAACCGCAGUUGUUAUUUGUGUAAAUGUUAUCACAUAUUUUUAAAACUAUAAGGUCUUGUUUUUGCAAAACACAUUCAAACAUUUGAUCACGUUCAUGCUGUGUGAAUUUCGCCUAUAAAUACUGAAACAGACGAGCAUAUACCACAGUCGACAUCUGACAGUUUCUACAGUAUAGUUGCAGUGUUCAGUGGAAAAUAUUCAAUUAAGAUAUUCCUAGCGUUCAGACGUGUGCUCUGGUGAGUUUUAUAUCGUUCAGAAGUGUGCUCUGUUGAGUGGCAAACUUUGAAUAUUUUUUGAUUUUGUCGAAAACAAUUUUUUUUUGAAAUUUUUAAAACAUAUUUAGUGUUUGGGUUCUAAUUUUUUUGAAUUCUAAGUUUUGAAUAUUUAUUAUUAUGUUAUUACUUAGUGUUGUUUGAUUUGGUCAGUUUUUUUUAAUAACGAAAACAUGAACACAUUCUUAGUCACUAAAGAUACAUUUAAGAAAAUUCGUAUUUCUCAUCCUUUAAUAACGAAAACAUGAACAAAUUCUUAGUCACUAAAGAUACAUUUAAGAAAAUUCGUAAAUUUGGCCUCCAGGGACGAACUCUGGAAUUUAAAAUCAGGGAUGUGCCGCAGAGUGAGGAACCUGUGGGAUGGGUAAAAAAGGCCAUCGAGGGGAUUGUACUUAAGGGAACAGAAGGUUUGGAACCAACCGAUCAGGUCGGUUUCACUUUUUGCUCGAAAGACUUUGCCAGAGGUCAGGGUUGGAUGAGGUUCAAGCCUGCCUGUGAAGUGACCGUUGAUGAUAUAUGGAAUAAGAUUAGUUCCAUAUAUCAGAGUAAUAGCACCGGCCUCAAUACCGAAACAUUUUGUUUGGGUAUUACGACGGUAAAACUGCCCGCGGGAAAAGGUGGUCCGAGAGGAAGAGCUUAUAACUCCUUUAACGAGGAGUGUUUGAAAAGGCGAGGAACUGUUGUUAUUAAAAACAAGGAUAAUCUUUGUUUACCUCGUGCUCUUGUGGUUGCAAAAGCUCACGUAGAUAAGGACCAAGAAUGGAAGAAGGUACGUCAAGAUAUUGGAAAAAUACAAGGACAAAGAGCCCAUCAACUGAUUGAAGCCGCUAAUGUAACAAUUCCUGUCGGAGGGGCAGGAAUACCCGAACUACAACAGUUUCAGGGACACCUCACAGAUUACAAAAUUGUGGUGUAUAGUUAUGGUAGCAAGGGUCGUGACGUUAUGUUCUGUGGUAACACUAAUGGUCCAGCGUUAAAUCUUUUGUAUCAUGAAGGACACUUUAACGUGAUCACUUCUUUGACAGCUGCUUUUUGUUGUAUUUAUUAUUGUGAGGAGUGCCACCAGCCGUUUAACAACAAAAACGACCACAGAUGUGGUGGUACAUGUUUUGCUUGUCGUCGUUCACCAGCUUGUUCCAAAGAUUGCGUGAAAAUACCCUGCGAUCAAUGUGGUCGAAACUUCUACGGUAAGGCAUGUUUCAAUGCUCACCUAGGAUCGGUAUGCGAUAAAAUCAAAAGGUGUAAGACCUGUUACAAGAUCUACACCAAAAGUCAUGUCUGUGGUGAGGUCUUCUGUAAAACUUGUAAGAAAAAUUGUCCGUCAGAUCAUCUUUGUUACAUACAGCCCGAUUCUGGUCUUCCUCCAUCAAGCGAUUUUCUAUUUAUAUUUUAUGAUUUGGAAACUAGUCAGGAAAAGAUAUUGGCUGAUGGUUCGCUUCUUCAAGAACCAAAUCUCUGUGUAUUUAAUCAACGUUGUUACAAAUGUCUCCCUGAGAUGAAAUUAGUUUUCUGUCAAUCUUGUGGAUUUCGCCAAAAGAUUUUGAGGGGUCUUGACGUAAUAAGUCUUUUUAUGAAUCAUAUUUUGCAAAUUAGAAAAAAAUUCAAGAAUGUUGUCGUGUUAGCUCACAAUGGAGGAGGCUUCGACCAUCAAUUUAUUUUAAAUUAUAUUUUAACAAAGACUGAUUUAACCCCUGAUCUCAUUAUGCGUGGUACAAAGUUGGUGUCAAUGGCUGUUGGUAACGCUCGUUUUCUCGAUAGUCUUAAUUACUUUCCAAUGGCGUUGUCUGCUCUACCUAAAGCUUUUGGGUUGACAGAGUUGAAAAAGGGAUAUUUUCCACAUCUGUUUAACAGAGAGGAAAAUCAAUCUUAUGUUGGACCUAUGCCUGAUCUAAAAUUUUACGAUCCCGAUAAUUUAAAAGAUGAUGCACGUGACAAGCUGAUCGCGUGGCACGCUGAAAGAGUAGAUGAGGGAUACGUUUUUGAUUUUCAAAAGGAAAUUGUUGAAUAUUGUAUUAGCGAUGUUGAGAUUUUGACACAAUCUUGUCUAAUAUUCCGAAAACAAUUGCUAGAUACGUCAAAUGUCUGUCCGUUUUUCGAGGCAACAACUGUUGCAUCGACGUGUAACAAGGUAUUCAGGCGUAAUUUCUUACAACCAAACACAAUAGCCCUUAUUCCAAAAGGGGGCUAUCGAUUCAAAGAUAAUCAGUCGAAAAUAGCUUUGCAGUGGUUAUUGUGGGAAGAGAAGCAACGCUGUAUUAAAAUUCAGCAUGCCGCCAGGGGACUUGAAGCUCUUAUUGGAAAUUGUAGGGUGGACGGUCUUUACGAAAACACCAUCUUUGAAUUCCAAGGUUGUUAUUAUCACGGUUGUCCUACUUGUUACCCUACAGAUAGAACUGCACCCCUUCAUGACGAUCCUUCAGAUUGUAUGGAGAAUCGUCAUGAUAAAACAAUUGCUAAAGUUAAGCAUCUCAGAUCAAUAGGAUAUGAGGUGGUUGAAAUGUGGGAAUGUCAAUUCCGUAAAAUGCUGACGGCCGAGAUAAAGUCGUAUACCGAGGGGCAUCCUCUUAUGGCUAGUUUACCUUUGAAUCCUAGAGAUGCUUUAUAUGGUGGUCGUACAGGCAAUACUGUAGAGUAUUACAAGUGUAAAGAUGGUGAAAAAAUUAAAUACGUUGAUGUUUGUUCGCUUUAUCCGUGGGUAUGCAAGUACGGAAAGUUCCCAAUCGGCCAUCCAAAGAAAAUAUAUAUUGGACAGGAAUGCAAUGCUGUAGACAUUACUGAGUUAUCUGGAUUAAUAAAGUGUAAAGUGCUUCCUCCUACAAACCUCUAUCAUCCUGUUCUUCCUACCAAGAUGAACAGUAAAUGUAUGUUCGUUUUAUGCCGAAAGUGUGGAGAGGACUUUGAGGAAGAAGAGUGUGAGCAUUCGAAUGAUGAACGGGCUCUAACAGGUACUUGGGUGAUUGAGGAGGUAGUGAAAGCUUUAUCAAAGGGUUAUAAAAUAAUUGAGACCUAUGAGAUAUGGUCCUAUGAUACUUUACAGUUAUCGAAAUCUCAGAAAGGUCUUUUUUCCGAUAUGAUGAACAAAUUUAUCAAAGUGAAACAACAAGCUUCAGGGUGGCCGCGAGGAUGUGUAUCGGAUGAGGAAAAGAGCCGGUACAUCGAGGAGUUUCUUCAGAGGGAGGAUGUCAGGCUGGAGUUUUCCGACAUAACGGAGAACCCUGGUCUGAGGUCGUUGGCUAAGCUUAUGCUCAAUUCUUUCUGGGGUAAGUUCGCUCAGCGAGAGAACCUCCCUAAAACAUCCAUAAUAAACAAGCCUGGAGAAUUUUUUGCUAUGUUGAUUAAUCCAUCCAUUCAGGUUAAUACGGUGAUCCCUGUAAAUGAGGACACACUGGUUGUUACGUGGGAGUAUGUGGAGGAGGCGUACUCAAUGUCGUCAACAGUUAAUGUUGUUCUGGCAUCAUACGUUACGGCUCUGGCUCGUCUCAAAUUGUACUCUUAUCUGGAGAUUAUUGGGUCUCGGGCAAAAUAUUACGACACAGAUUCGUCUAUUUACCUUUCCAAGGCUGGCUUACCUGAUCUCCCAAUAGGUGAGUGUAUAGGUGACUUAACUGAUGAGUUGGGUGGGGGGUAUAUUUCAGAGUUCGUUUCUGGAGGGCCUAAAAAUUACGCAUAUAAAUACACUUUGCCUAACGGUGAAGAAAAAAUUUGUUGUAAGGUUAAAGGUAUUUGUCUAAAUUAUGAGGCAUCUAAAUUAGUUAAUUUCGAUACCAUUAAGAAGAUGGUACUUAUGAAGUCUGACCCUGUUUCUGUGGUGACUAAACAAAUACAAAGGACACAGGAUCAUUGUGUUAUCACAAAAACCCUUGAAAAAAAAUAUAGACCAAACUCAGCAAAAAGAAAAUUUUUUGAAGAUUUUACAUCCGUACCUUAUGGUUAUAAAAAACUUAAAAUUUAAACUAUAGCCCAGACUCAGCUUUUUUAUUUUUUAACACUAUACCUGUUUAACACUCACAAUCAACAUUUUUAAUUAGUAAGUUAUAUAUUA